AUGCUACACACACACCAGGCCAGGCGGCGGGUUGAAUUCAAAGACUGUGAUCACCACAUUGCCUCGUCCGAUAAUUCGCUUUCAAAAGAUAGCUACAUCUACCAGUAUCACAAGUUACUCAAGGACGCAAUUGAUACGAUGCAUCCCUCAUAUGCUCCUGGCCCGGAGUUGAAGAAGUGGGCCGAGGAGGCAGGAAAGAGAUUGGAGCCUGGAACUACCUCUGUCUCAUCGAGGGCCAAGGCCGUCUGUAUGCACAUGUUUACGGGUGUCUUUGGCUGGUCGGUAGAGGAGGUGCAGGUUUUCCCUGCCAAGGUUAGGGCCGAGUCGAUGGAUAUAAAGAAAGAUAAGGUUCAUUCACAGUAUACUUAA